AAUAAGAUCUUGUCUUCUGUUUCCCCCCACGUACACCCCCAGACACACCCUCCCUCUCGUGUCUGCUUUUCAACACACCACCUCCCUCAGACAAACUUUCGCCGGACUGAGUUUUGGGCUAAACCAGGGGAAAAAAAAUCUUCUUUUUCAGUUGUGAAAUGGAGAGGAUGAUCAGAAAGGAGGUCUGUGAGCUCCUCUCAGGUUAGGCACAAUCAGAGAAAAACUGGGAUUUGCCCAGGGCAGAGAAACUAAAUACACCUUUCCAGAAGGCUCUUCAGGUUUUGAUACUGGGGGGGAAACCUCACAUCGGAGGAAGAGUUCAUCACAGCCUGCCAGAAGCAGGAAAGCAGCAGGAUACAGGACGUGAUCAAGCUCUACUCCCUUCCCAAUUCAAAAUCUUCCGGAGAAAAUGCUUCCUCAAGAAGCUAUCGCUGGCCUUUUUUCAACAAUUCUAUGUCUUGCAGGAAACAUCGCACUCACAGCUGGUCAGUCGAACUGUGUCUGUAUGCAAUCGGACUGUUCAAGAAAUUUCACAUGCUCAGGAAAUUGGUGUUUUGUAAGCAGACACUUGGAGAAUGGGGAAAUGAUCGAUAAGAAAGGCUGUCUGCAAAAAGCAAAUGAGUUUUGCUGGGGCUCUAUCACAGAAACCUUCGGCGCAAAAUGCUGCCAGGGCAACAUGUGUAAUUUCAAUCUUUCGGUCCAACUAAUAGGUGAUCCGGAUGAAAAGGACCCGCCUUUGAAGAAUCUUCUCCUGAUGGUCCUGGUUCCACUGUUUGCUAUUUUGAUUCUCACUGUAUUAGUUGGUCUCUUUGUCUGGAAGUGGGCCCAAAGCCGGCGGAGACAUAUGCCAUUCGGGUCUAAUGAACUGGGCGAUGUGGAUUUUAUGCUGAAGAACUCUCUGGCUGGCGACAGCACCUUGGAAGUCUUGCUGAAUGAUGACUGCACGACUGGAAGCGGCUCUGGGCUCCCCUUUCUAGUCCAAAGAACUGUGGCUCGGCAGAUCACCUUGGUUGAAUGCGUUGGCAAAGGACGCUAUGGGGAAGUGUGGCGUGGUACUUGGCAUGGGGAAAACGUGGCGGUCAAGAUUUUCUCUUCCCGGGAUGAGCAGUCAUGGUUUCGUGAGACUGAGAUUUACAACACGGUGCUGCUAAGGCAUGACAACAUCUUAGGAUUCAUUGCAUCAGACAUGACAUCGCGGAAUUCAAGCACUCAACUUUGGCUAAUCACCCACUAUCAUGAACAUGGCUCCCUCUAUGAUUACUUGCAAUGCACAGUGCUGGACGUAGAGACUUGCUUGCGUUUGGCCACCUCAAUCAUCUGUGGGCUCGUUCACCUGCAUGUGGAGAUCUUUGGCACCCAGGGCAAGCCAGCCAUUGCUCAUCGGGAUCUGAAAAGCAGGAACAUCUUGGUCAAGAACAAUAAGCAGUGCUGCAUUGCUGAUUUAGGAUUGGCAGUCAUGCAUUCCCAGAGCAAUGAUUACUUGGAUAUUGGGAACAACCCACGGGUGGGCACCAAACGCUAUAUGGCACCUGAAGUUUUGGAUGAACAGAUUCGUAUGGACUGCUUUGAAUCCUUCAAGCGGACAGACAUCUGGGCUUAUGGUCUGGUUCUAUGGGAGAUAGCCCGAAGAACCAUUGUGAAUGGGAUUAUUGAAGAUUAUAAACCUCCUUUCUUUGACUUGGUUCCAGUCGACCCCAGCUUUGAAGACAUGAAAAAAGUGGUUUGCAUUGACCAGCAGACACCCACCAUUCCAAAUCGGAUGUUCUCUGACCCGGCUUUAUCUUCCCUAGCUAAGAUCAUGAAAGAAUGCUGGUUCCAGAGUCCCCCAGCAAGACUCACAGCUCUGAGGAUUAAAAAGACACUGAAAAAACUCAGCAACUCCUUCCACAAACCCAAACACUCUCCUAACUUCUAGGAGCAGAGAUUGGAUUUCUGUCUCCUUGGCUCAAAGGAAGUUCAAGGUCAUCCCUUCAAAGUUUCCUGCUGGUCCUGGCCUCUGUCUGUGGCUUCAAUAGACCUCUUUUGAAGCUUGACCAAGAGGAUUUGGACUAGAGCUCUAUAGCUCAAAGUGACCCUCUGCAAGGAAGUUUCACAGAACAGAUGACAGCUUCUGGAAUCCUUAAUUUGUUCCUCUAGCAACAAAAGGGAGGAGGGGCCUACCCAUGUCUUGCAGAAUGUACAUUAAUAUAAAUACUCCCUGGAUCUGUAACCUGACGCCAGACCGUCUCGCCACCAAAAAUCCUGAAAAAUGGGAGGGAUCCCAUUUGCAAAGAACACAGCUGCUAUGCCCAAAGGGGUGGCUGCCUUUAAAACGCCAGUUAAGGAUCAUUUGCAAAGGUAGCGUUUAGAUUGAAUGUAUAAAAUCUGUUCGUGCCUCUAGCUGGGUGUGCAUGCAUGUGCAUGCAUGUGUGCAGAGGAGCCAUUUCAAAAGUGCCUACAAUGGUUUAAAGGGAUAGGCACAACUAUGCAAGCCUUUAUACUAGACAAAUCUGAGACCACUAUGGGGAUAUGGCAGUUUUUUCUAUCUGUAUGUGAACAUGGAAAGCUGUCUAGAUGGUCAACGUGAUAUUGCUUUGCUUGUAUGUAGUCUUGAUUUUUUUUAUAUAAGCCAGAAUUUUAGCAACACAAGGCUUCAAAAUGACUUUCCAUCCUGUAACUGAUCUUAGAACCGGUCCUGACUAGCCCUGUCGUAUAAUCCCCGAACAUGGUCAGUAGAAACAGGGUUUAGCAACCAUGCUGAAUAGAGCUGGCUUUGCUCUCUAUGGAUGGAAGACAACUGCUGGUAGUGAAUGAACACACACACACACACACACACACACACACACAAGUCAGGGAAUUGCACAGCAGAUGUCCAAAUGAAGUCAGAGACACUGACAUGAAUUUGUAGUUUUAUAUAAAUAAAUAUACUGUAUUUUACAUCUAUAUUUGCAGCAAACAAGAUAGUCAGACUAACAGGAGUAUCAUGAAGUAAAUCACAGGGCAUACAGGAGACACAGAAGAAAAAGGCGGGAAAACAAACUCCCCCUUUACAUCCACAGUAUUCCAUCACAGCAUAGAUUGCCUCACGCAGGAGCCAGAGCUCUCCAACCAAUCUACUAGAACUGUGUGUUCUGACUUAUUGCAUGACCACACUGCUCCAGCUAUUAAAUUUAAAUACCUUAGCACACACAUAUAUGAUGCAAUUUUUUUCUGCAUUUGAGCCCCACAAGAAUUAAGGAUCACCAACACUAAUGUUCCGCCACUGCAGUUUUUCUUAGGAGCCCUCAAAGGUUUUAGGCAAUUCAGAACCAAGGUGAAUGUCCAGGGGCUGCAUUUGCAUACAACUACAUCAAUUGAAUUUUGAGAAAUUUCAGUAUGCAGAUGCAAUAUAAGGCAAAAAUCUAACCAAAUAAAAUGAUGGGAAUUUCACUCUAUUGAUUUUAAGAUGGGGGUGAGAGGAAUGGGUCCUAUCUAAAAGAUAAGUUGGAUCAAACAUUACUCUUUCCACCUGAUGUUAUUGCAUUGCAUGGAUGAGUUACAAUAGCUGUAAGCUUCACAAACCCUGUGCACAAAUAGAGUUCAAUAGUUCCACUAAAACUGAGAUGAGUAGAUUGCUUCUUGGUAUGCUGGAUACAUCUACAAGUGAACAAAUUGCAAAGACCAAGGCCUGUCCUUAUAAAAUUACUUUGAAUAAAAGGGUGGAAGGUGGAAAAAGUUUUCAACAGUUUAAUCAGGCCCAAGUCUGAACUUCUGAAUAGCCUAUAACAAGAUAAGACAAAACAUUAACAGGAAAGCAAUGGGGAAGGCCUGUACAUUCACAGUGUUGUGUUAACUUCUCCAAGGAAUUAGCUUUCUAUGCCAUAGAAAUGUAUAUCAGCAUAUAAUAAUAUAUGCAGGACAGGUGAGUAGAACUGAGUGAAAAACACAUAACCUCAUUUCAUCAAAAGCCUCAAAAUUGCUUUGAGAUCAUUACUAAUUUGCACAGAAAUUAUUUUUGUAUUUAUUAAACAUGCUGGGGGUGGGUGGGGGGUGGAAUAAGCAGCCUUUUGUUGUUGUUUGAAAAAAAGUUCCAAAAUACCUGAGUCCAGACAAAGAUUCUGUAAUGGGGAGAAGGAUGAGAAGCACAAAUUAACGAAAGACGACAAAGAGUUUCAGGGGGGGAAACAACACUGUUUUUUUAAAGCUACAUCUCCACUCAGAGACCACUUAAGUCCCAUUAGGACUAACAGGAGUCAAGUGUUCUAAAUGAACUCCUAGAUGGCAAGUAAUAAUUAAACUAUGCCUUUUCUUUCAGCUCAUGUGAACUAGUUUUAAAAAAGGAGGAAAAAUGUAUUUGUUGAGGGAUACUGAUAUGUCCAAACAAUCAGCUGAAUUGGAAUCUGAAUCCAGAAUUUCCUCUAUCAAACAUCGGCUUGUUGAAUUUUUUUUGACAUUUGUCAUCAUAUACUUUAAUAAGGCUGAUUGAAAAUAUAUCUAUGAUACUGGGAAGUUAAGUCUCGUUGAUUUUCAGAAAAUUGCAUGCUUAAUGCUUUUUGGCUUUUUAGAUGCACAUAGUAUUUUAUGUAUAACCUAAAAAUGUCAGGAAUAAAACAUACAGUAAUAAAAAGGGCUUUGCAGAUAUCAUAUACUAAUCAAAGGCAGGAUUAGGUGCAGGAUGCUUGUCAAAUGCAUGGUUUGUCUUGGGUUCAAUCCUGAUCUCUUAGAUGAAGGUGGGAACGUUAAUUAAUUCUCUGCAACCAAGAAAGAGCCACUGCUAGUUAAUUUGUGGAAUACUGAACUAGAUAGCUUAUGUCCGUAAGAGCUCAACAGCUGCCUGAUUUCAUAGCCAAUUGCUUGCUGAUUGCAAACUGCUGUUUAUCCAGGAUAGAUGAGUAUCCAAAAUAUUGCGGCUGGCUCCAUGUUUUUAAUCUAGGAAGUUCUGAAUUACAUGUAGCACAGGCUGGAAUUUUUAUCAUGUUAUUUGCCCUUUAAGAACCCAAUCAAUUUUCCAGCUUUGAAAAUGGAUGUUGGACAAAGCUGCAAAACAGCACAUUGAUAAGCUAAGAAAACACUAUGUUAGAUGCAUCUGCUAUUCUAAACCAUCAUCUCAGCUUAUUUGCUAGCAAAAUGGUGCCCCCACAGCCCUCCAAUUGGCACAGAAGCUGAGCUGUAUAUUUAUUUUAAUCAGAAGCUUGCCCAUGUGAAUCAGUAACAUAUGUAGUAAUAAGUCUAUAUAUCCAAACAGCUCUGAUCAAAAGUAAUUAAGCAUAAAUCAUUCCAUGUGCUGGAAAGAAGCCCUCAUGUGCAGACUCUAAACUCAGGGACAAGUCUCAGUCUAAGCUAAAUCUGGAUUUGAUUUUUUUAAAAACCCUCUGGUCUCCAUAGCCACUGACACUGAGAGCAGAAAUGUGCAAGUUUGCAGGAAGAAAAAUUUAGGUUAACUAGGCAGACAGGUACAAUUUAGCAUGAGGAUCACAUCAUGUAUGUUUCUCUCAUGCUUACGGGAUCAUAAUUAGGAGCCAUAAUUUCUCCUUAGAGAAUAGAUGGCUUUUUUUCCUCAGAAAUUCCUGUUUUCUUUGCAUGCCUAUCCUGACAUCUGACUGUUGAAGGGCCAAUGGAUAUACACUGCCAAAGUGCUGUCAAUAUUGUUCAUAUAGUUUCUCACUGUUUACAUACUCUCUUCACACUGUAAAUAUUAGAUAACACUGAAAAUAAUUAGGCAUUCAUAGUUAGAUUUACAACUCAACUGUGAAUGAGCCCCGUGCACAACUCUUAUACAACGUCCAUAAUUUCCCAGUGAAUAUGUGAAGUUUUGGCAUUCAUGUAAUGUACGCACUUGUGUCUCUGUUCAGAUGCUGAUUAAUAUUGAAAGAAAGACAGAUGGACCCUUACAGCUGAUAAUACACAAAUAGUUGUUCUAGUCUUGCGUAACUACAUUAACACAAGAUAUAACUUUAGUUCAGGGUCAGACAAAGUGGUACCCACCCAAGCCCUCUGUUCCACCUGAUUUUUAUGCUUUUUUAAAUUUUAAAAAAUAUUAGAGAAUAGGAAACAGGCAUGCUGCAAUGCAAAGCAAAAUGCUCUAGCACCAUAUUAAUUUGGAGCAAUGCCUUUGGGUCCCAUAAAGGCCCACUGGGAGAGUAGAAAGUACACUGGGAGUAGGGAGUUUGUUCUCUGGCUAAAUGGGCAUUUGGGGGACUACCCUUGCUCAUUGCAGCAGCCUUUAUCAAAACAGGCAAGUCCGACAGGGGGCCCUUUGGCGAGUAACACUCAUCAUGUGCUCUCAACAUUAUGAAUGCACCCCAAGGCUGAGUCCAGCUCCCUACUUGGGUAAGGGAACCUCAGUCUGUCUGAAGCCCCAUAGCAGAGAAAGCCCAUACACAGUGGUUUCAUUGUCUCCCCGCAGGGAACCUUGCCAGGGGCCCUGUCAUACUUCUCGUGCAAACUUUGAUCUUCCAGCAUUUGUGUACCCUGAAUGAUUUCAGUGAUA